AUGGCCUCAGUUUUUCUGUAUCACGUAGUGGGAGAUCUAACUGUGGGGAAACCAGAGCUGGUCGAACUCUGUGAGACAGAGACUAUCGAGACAGCCAUAAGGGCGAUUGGAGAUUCCACUGAGUGUGGGAUUCCAGUGUGGAAGAGGAGACUGAGUUUAAUUGAAACCAGUGAGAUCAGGCAGCAAAGGUUUGUGGGUAUUCUUAAUUCUCUCGAUAUUGUCGCUUUCCUGGCUAGACAAGAAUGCCUAGAUGAUCAGGACAGGGCCAUGAAGACACCGGUUUCAGAGGUGGUUGUUCAGAAUAAUUCUUUACUGAAACAGGUCGAUCCUGCAACAAGGCUGAUUGACGCAUUAGAAAUGAUGAAGCAAGGAGUGAGACGACUUCUUGUCCCAAAGACCAAAGGUUGGAAGCGUGUAAGCAAGAGAUUCUCGAUGUUCUACAACGGAAGAUGGCUGAAGAGCCUUGAAACACCCAACAGCAGUAGCAAUACACUGACCAUGAAUGCAUCAAACCUCCCUUCAUCUUCCUCCCCACCAACUAUUCCCACCGACAAAUUCUGCUGCCUAUCAAGAGAAGAUGUCAUCCGCUUCCUCAUCGGCUGCCUCGGUGCUCUAGCUCCAAUCCCUCUCUCCUCCAUAUCCUCAUUGGGAGCCAUCAACCCUAACUAUAGUGUUGUUGACUCCUCCCUUCCUGCCAUUGAAGCAACCCAAAUGUCCCCUGACGACCCCAGCGCAGUAGCUGUCGUGGAGCCCGGGUCAUCGGAUGGACGGCAUAAGAUAAUUGGCGAGAUAUCGGCUUCCAGGUUGUGGAAGUGUGAUUACUUGGGAGCAGCGUGGGCUCUAGCGAAUCUCUCUGCUGGACAGUUUGUAAUGGGGGUGGAGGAUAACCAUCAUACUCCAAGAUCGUCUUUACCUGAUUUCUCGGUUGAUUUGAGUAGUAAUGGUGGUGGGGGAUCGAUGAGGGCUAGGAAGUUCAGUAGUAGGAGCGUUGGGUUUAAUGCUGCAAACACGAGCUUUGGAGCUGGUAGGAGCAUGUAUAGGGGAAGAAGUGCCCCUCUGACCUGCAAAGUGAAGAGUUCUUUAGCAGCAGUUAUGGCUCAGAUGUUGUCCCACAGGGUGACUCAUGUGUGGGUGACUGAAGAUGAUACGGAGGAUGUUUUGGUUGGGGUGGUUGGUUACGCCGAUAUUUUGGCUACUGUCACGAAACAUCCUGCUAAUGCUGUCUUGUCCGGAAGUUGA